GAAUUAUACCUAAUUAAAAAAGAAAAAGAAAAUAUAGCCUAUAAAAAAAAAAUGUUGUCUGUGAAACGGGUCGGUUAUACAGCCUAUAAUCACAGCUGUACUUUCUGUUUUUGCACAUUUAACAAUUAACUUUUUAAUUUAAAAAACUGUGUGCGCCAACAGCUUUCAGAAAAAGCUUUUCAUCAUAUUGUCACACACCAUGUCGCAAUGGAGGUCAACCUAUUCAGUAUACUUUUACCCUGCUUUUACCAUACAUGGUUGUUUUAAUGUGUCAACAUGGGCAUUUUUUUUUUGUUUUUUGUUUUUUGCACUCUUGCUUUGAAUUAAAGAAGCCUGCAAAACACUUGUUGUUGAUGACAGGGAGAUCAUGCAAGAAGCUCACCCUCACUUGUAUGACCUCAAAAUAAAAUCUAAAAUUAAAAUGUAACAAUAGUGUAACAGAAAUUAAGAAUGGAAUGAUUUAAUAAUGCUAAAUGAUGUCCUGCUCCAGCUAUCUGGACGUCAUGGGUUGAGCUUGACCUCCAGCUCCACCUCUGGAGGAGGGAUAGAGUUAUGGGUGGGGUUAUGGAGUGGUUGAACACAUUAUGACCAAAUUACAUCCAGAGAGGUGGAGCUGGUCUUCACUCCACCGGCUCUGCUUUGAGCAGCCUCUUAUUCCUAGCACUGUUUCACACACACACACACACACGCACUCACACUGAACUAGAUGCAGAUACACUGGAGAGCUCACGUUAAUGCUGGAUAUCACUGUGGACUUAAAAAUGAACAUGCUGCAGGUACUUCUCACUGUUCUGUGUUUCAGCAUCAAUAACUCUCAGGGUUUUAAUGUGCGGACUUCUGGAGCUAAGAUCCUCUCAGGGUCAGCAGAAGAACAGUUUGGUUACUCUGUACAACAGUUCAGCAACGGUCAAGGAAAAUGGCUCCUCGUGGGUUCUCCGUGGAAGGGAUACAAUCAGAAUCGGAAGGGAGAAAUCUAUAAGUGUGAGCCUAACAAACCUGGAACCAGCUGUCAGGCACUUAACCUUCAGAAUUCAGUCGAUAUGCCAAAAAUCGCCAACAACAACAACAUCAACAUCAACAUGAGUCUAGGUCUUACUCUAACUCCAACGACCAAAAACAGCGGGUUUAUGACGUGUGGUCCUCUGUGGGCUCAGCUUUGUGGAAGUCUGUAUUUCUACCCAGGAAUCUGUGCUGAUGUGAGCCCACAGUUUACACUCCAGUCGGUCUUUUCCCCUGCCAUUCAAACUUGUGGCAGUUUUAUGGACAUUGCCAUUGUUUUGGAUGGAUCCAACAGUAUAUACCCAUGGGAACCAAUCGUCGCUUUUCUCAAGAAACUUUUGGAAAACUUAGACAUUGGGCCUCAAAGCACUCAGGUCAGUGUGAUGCAGUACGCCGUUGACACCUCGUUCGAGUUCUACCUGAAUUCCUAUCAGACAAAAGAGUCCAUGAUUAAAGCAGCUUCAAAAAUUCAGCAGAAACAAGGAUUAGAGACGAACACUUUCAGAGCCAUUGAUUUUGCCAGAAAGGAGGCAUUCCUGGCCAAAUACGGAGGUCGUCCAGGGGCAACUAAAGUGAUGGUGGUGGUAACUGAUGGAGAGUCACAUGAUGCAAGUCUGAGGAAAACUGUUAUUCCGGCAUGCGAGAGCCAAGAUAUUACUCGCUUUGGCAUUGCGGUGCUUGGAUAUUAUAUAAGGAAUGACAUUGACACAAGCAAACUCAUCGCUGAGAUUAAGUCAAUAGCCAGUAAUCCAACCGAGAAAUACUUUUUCAAUGUGUCUGAGGAGGCGACGCUUAUAGAGAUUGUCGGGACUCUUGGAGAUCGAAUCUUCAACAUUGAAGGUGUUGGAAAAGGUAGUGGGAAUAAUUUCAAACUGGAAAUGUCUCAAGUUGGGUUCAGUGCAUACCAGACCAGAAAUAAGGAUGUGAUCCUACUGGGAGCAGCUGGAGCAUAUAAUUGGAUCGGGACCAUUGUUCACCAAACUGCUCAGAAAUCAGACAUUUUGCCCAAAGCUGCGUUUGAGAAAAUUUUGGAAGAUCGAAACCACAGUUCAUUACUUGGCUACUCUGUGAGCUCUGUGACUGACGGCUCGUCUGAGUUUUAUGUGGCCGGGGCUCCUCGUGCCGUUCAUAGAGGACAGGUUAUAGUUUACAUCAUUGACAGCCAGAGACAACCUGUGGUCAUAGAUUCACAAAGAGGAGAUCAGAUCGGGUCUUAUUUUGGCAGCGUUCUCUGUCCCGUUGAUGUGAACACUGACGGAGUGACUGAUCUGCUGCUGGUUGGAGCUCCGAUGUACAUGAGCGAGGAGAAGUUCGAGACAGGACGAGUCUACCUGUUCACCAUUACCAAGGGUAUCUUAAGUAACCAAGGUUUUUUGGAGGGUUCUGAAAAGAAUGCGCGGUUUGGGACGGCCAUCACCGUCGUCCCAGAUCUGAACCUGGACGGCUUCAGUGACGUAGUGGUUGGUGCCCCGUUGGAAGGCAAUGGCCAUGGUGCCAUUUACAUCUACUAUGGCGACAGAAAUACCAUCAGAAAGCAGAGCUCACAGAAAAUCGUUGGAACGAAACUGGACCCAGCGUUGAAGUACUUUGGCCGUUCUCUAGACGCCAGCGGAGAUAUGAAUGGAGACUCGAUCCCAGAUGUCACAGUGGGGGCUUUUGGGAAAGUCGUCCAACUCUGGGGUAGCGCAGUUGCAGUGGUCACAGCCAAGGUUUCCUUCACCCCUGAUAAGAUCAGUAUCCUGAGUAAACCGUGCCGCUACAGUGGGAGGCAGGUGUCCUGCUUCAAGGCUAAAGUGUGUUUCAGCGCAACAUUUAAACCAACGAAUCCACUGGGCCCAGUGGAUAUCAAGUACAACCUGACCCUGGAUGCUGACCUGCAGUCUUCUCGGGUCAGCCCUAGAGGUUAUUUCAGCAACUUGGAUCGGGUCCUCCAGAAAGACAUCCGCAUCUCUGUGCAGGACAUGUGCGAAGAGCAUGAUGUGUAUGUGCAGGAGACCCCUGACCUCGUCAACUCAAUUGCUUUGCGUGUGGACGUUGUUCUCGGCUAUCCAGACGCAAACCCUGUUCUAGAUGUCUUCAGUCCCAAUGCGUGGGAGUUUUUUAUCCCAUUCUCAAAGGACUGUGGCCAAGAUGAAGUUUGCUUCAGUGACUUGGUACUGAGUGUGGAGAGUGAAGAGAAACAUGGCAAAACUCCACUGGUGGUCAGCCAGAACAAGAGAAGACUCUCCUUCACUGUGACGGUGAUGAACAAGAAGGAAAAUGCAUACAAUGCACGGUUAACAGUCAGCCACUCCAGUAACCUGUUCUACGCUUCUUUUACACCACUGACUGUUGGUGCAGAGGUGAAGUGCACUCUGAUGAAAGAUUCAGACAAACUCAUCUGCCAAUUGAGUUAUCCAGCCCUGAGGACAGACCAAUCGGUUACGUUUGUGGUACACUUUGACUUUAACUUGAAUCGGCUUGAAAAAGAUGCCAAAGUUGUCUUUGAGGCGUUAAGUGACAGCACAGAGGAAACUCCCGCUGAUAAUAUUUUCCAUAAAUCCAUUCCUGUCCAAUACAACUCUGAGAUCAUCCUCAGCAGAGAAUCAAACUUAGAUGUGUAUUUACUGGAAAAAGAGGACAAUUUUGCAGCCACAGUAAUGGCUUACAAGGACAUCGGCCCAGAUUUUAACUUUAAUCUAAAGGUUUCAACAGGAACUGUCCCCGUCAGCCUGGUUUACCUCAAUGUGUCGCUGCCAAACAGCACUAGAGCAGGAAAUCCCCUCCUGUACAUAACCAGCAUUAAAACUUCAUCUGCUGAAAAAUUCCAUUGUACCGACAGCAAUCUGAUCGACCCAUUUAAGAUCAGUCAGAAACCUUAUCCAGCCCGAUUCACUAAGGAGAGUUUUAGAGGAACAGAGGAACUGAACUGCAAAACGGCCACAUGCCAGUUUAUGCGAUGCGUCCUGAAGGACCUGGAGGAGAAGAAUGAUUAUUACCUGAAUGUUACUACAAACAUUUGGAAUGGCACAUUUGCAAUGGCUGAUUUCCUGUACGUCGUGCUCUCUGUGAGAGCUGAUAUAGAGACUUCUCAACCGGACCUACUGUUCAUAGAGCAGAAACAGCUGAAGGUUGAAGUCAAAGUGAGCCAACCUGGAGCUAAAGGGGACGUUCCGGUGGGCGUCAUUGCAGGGAGUGUUAUCGGCGGUCUGUUAUUAUUGGCUCUUGCCAUCGCAUUACUUUGGAAGCUUGGAUUCUUCAAGAGGAAGUAUCAAAAGCUGAUGAAGAAUGAGGAGAAUGAAGGGGAAGAUCAGGAACUGAAGGAAAACAGUGAGGCGCCCUGAGAGAUCGGCUGAGACUCGUUUGGAAAUGUCACAGGUUUCUUCCCUGACACAAAUGUCCAGAACAGGGUUUGAAAGUGUGAACUGAACGAAUUGGAAAUUGUCGGUUUGAUUACAAUGCAUUAACCGACAACUGGUACUCCAAUCCCAUUCAUUUUUCUCAUAUGCUUUUUCUCUGCUAGCGGGUGUAUCUUCUGGCUGUCUUACCACUUCUUCCAGUAGUUAGUAUAUAACUAGAUCUUUUUGACUUUUGAUUAUUGGUGUCAUAUGCUGGCAUAUGAGAAAACAUGGACCUUUCAGUUCUUAUUUGAACACAUUUGAUCAUUUGUUUUAUAGUCGAGUACGAAAAUUACCAAACACAUAAGGCUCCGAUAUAUUUCAAGCAAAAUCGUAAGUUCGAAACAGCUUGCUAUAGCGAACUUUCUGGAAAAGUUUGUUCUGAGUGGUGAAAAACUUCCAUUGGUCUGUGGCGUUUAUAUAAUAGCUGUGGCUUCAUCGUCUUUGACAUGGAAAUCAUUCCUGUUCAUUUCUUCUGUUGUUCAAUCCUUGGAGUUCAAACGCGAGUUAAAACAUGAACACACUGGAGAGUAGUAAUUCUGAUUCAAAUAGACCCAUACUGUAAAGCUGCUUUCUUUAAAGCAAUCUAUUGUAUUAAGUGCUAUAUAAAUAACAUGACUGGAGUGCUGAAUUGCAGAGCUUGUGCAAAAAUCCACAUCACUAUUAUCAGAUGCUUUUAAGUCUUGUUUUCUCACCGCUGUCAUUUUUGUUGUUGAAAGGAAAGCUUGCAGCACAUAUUUACAUAUUCAUCUAAAUGUGGAUGGCGUUUGGAUGUUCGCCAUUUUAUCCCCCUAAGCCAAAAACGAAAAAAGAACUUCGCUUUGAGUUUAUUUUGGCCUUUGUUAUGUGCUUUAUUAUAUCAGUGAUAGUGAAACCAUUUCAGCAAUAACAUAAAAUAGAUGCAAUAAAAUGUAAAUGUGUUAUGGCCAAAGCAACACACUGUAAAACGCUCUCUGUAAAUUCUACAGCUGCCACUUUUGUCCGUACUUUGCAAGAAUCAUGAGCGAAUAACUAAAGUAAUAAUAAGCAGUGGUACUCUGCAUACAACAUCAGGGAAAUGUACUGAUACUAAAUGAGAAAAACUUAGUGUCUAUUAGUUGUUAAUACUAGCGAAUUAAUGAAGUUAGUACUAACUUUUUUGAAAACACAUUAUAUUUUACAUUAUAUACUACCCGGCCAAAAAAAAAAAAAAAAAAAAGUCACUGUUUGGAAUUAAACAAGCAAGACAUUACAAGAUCUUAACCAGAAAUUGAUGUAUCUCUCAAUGGAAAUAAAUGUUCGGGUGUUUUUUCCAUCAAGAAGUGCGUCAAAUUUUGAUCAAGAUCUUGUGUUGACAACAGCAACUCUUUUUUAUGGGCCGGGCGGUGUAUGAUGCUUUUGUUAAUAAACACUCAAAUACUUUGAAAUGUCUAGGAAUUACUGAAAUGUUAACUUCUAUUUAAUGUUUUCAAAUGACAGUUGAUAUAAAUAAGUUUGAUUUUGUAUUAAUUCAGGGUUUAACUUCUACUGAUGGUGUGACAGGAAAAUAGGCCUGUCUAAUCAAAGGCAACACAAGCAACAAAGAUUUUCCUUUAUGUUUACAUGAUGUUUUUGCACUGGUACCUUUUGUAAAUCUUUCUAUUCUUUACAAAAAAAAAAGAGCAGAAUAUACUCGUUUGAUGAAAAUCUGUAUUUGUGUUUUAUCAGGUGUUACAGGAGAACUUGAGCUUUGUAUUUUUUCAAUAAAAAGUGCUUGAUGCUUCACGAGA